CACCUUGAGGGAAAAGGUGUGUUAAAACAAGUACUUGGAGACACACCCCACCUCCUCUUCCUCCUCCUCCAAAUCAAAAACCAAAAUGCUUUUUCUUUAAUUUCAAGUCUUUAUUAUACUUUUGUUUGGCUAUUGAAGCUAGAGCCCUCCCAAGUUAUUAUCAAAUUAUCUCUUCAAAUCCAAACAAUACUUAAAACAAAAAGGAUAAAAACAAAGGAAAAAAAAUUUAAAAAGCAAAUUCUCUUGCUUUGGGGACUGCAAGUGCAAGCUUGCUCACAGCUCUCAAAGCUGUAUUCUGAAAAAAAAUUCCUCUUCCUUCUGCCUUAUUACCCACCACCACUCCAAAACCCCAUAAACACAUGCUCUUCAGUUUCAUUUGUCUUCUUCAUCAUCACCUCCACCAUCUCCAGAACCCAAAACUAAACCCCCUUCAUUUUCUUUGCUUCUUAUUCUCUUUUGAGUUUUUUGUUGGAGGUAUUCAAGUUUGAGUUGUUCAAGUUUCAUCACCAAAGAUGAUUACUGCUUUAGAUUUUUACCAUGUCAUGACUGCAAUGGUUCCACUUUACGUGGCCAUGAUCUUAGCUUAUGGCUCUGUGAAAUGGUGGAAGAUUUUCACUCCCGAUCAGUGCUCCGGCAUCAACCGUUUUGUUGCUCUCUUUGCCGUUCCUCUUCUUUCUUUUCAUUUCAUCUCUACCAAUGAUCCCUACGCCAUGAACUUUCGGUUCAUUGCUGCUGAUACUCUCCAGAAAAUCAUCGUUCUUGUGGUUUUGGCUAUUUGGACAAGGGUGAGCAAAAGGGGUUGUUUGGAAUGGACAAUUACUCUCUUUUCUUUAUCAACUUUGCCCAACACUCUUGUUAUGGGGAUUCCUUUGCUUAAAGGAAUGUAUGGCGAGUUCUCCGGGAGUUUGAUGGUGCAAAUUGUUGUGCUUCAAUGUAUUAUUUGGUACACUUUGAUGCUGUUUUUGUUUGAAUAUAGAGGUGCCCGGAUGCUCAUUUCUGAGCAAUUUCCAGACACUGCUGGCUCCAUUGUUUCCAUUCAUGUUGACUCUGAUAUCAUGUCACUUGAUGGGAGGCAGCCUCUUGAAACGGAAGCUGAGAUCAAAGAAGAUGGGAAACUCCAUGUUACUGUGAGAAAAUCUAAUGCCUCAAGGUCCGAUAUUUUCUCUAGAAGGUCUCAAGGCCUUUCUUCAACAACUCCUCGCCCUUCAAACCUCACCAAUGCUGAGAUUUACUCCUUGCAAUCUUCAAGAAACCCAACUCCUCGAGGCUCUAGCUUCAACCACACUGAUUUUUACUCCAUGAUGGCUGGUGGACGCAGCUCAAACUUUGGAGCUGGUGAUGUUUAUGGCUUGUCAGCUUCAAGAGGCCCAACUCCAAGGCCUUCCAAUUAUGAAGAAGAUGGUGCUGCAGCCGCCACCGCCACCGCCAAGUCAAGGUUCCAUUACCACCCCCCCGGUAGUGGUGCAGCCCAUUAUCCAGCUCCGAACCCUGGAAUGUUUUCACCAACUGGGUCCAAAGCCGCUGCUGCUGCGGCUGCUGCAAAUAAUGUUACUACUGCCAAGAGGCCUAAUGGUCAAGCUCAGCAGAAACCUGAGGAGGGUUCAAGAGAUCUUCAUAUGUUUGUUUGGAGUUCAAGUGCUUCUCCAGUCUCUGAUGUGUUUGGUGGCCAUGAUUAUGGAGCUAAUGAGCAAAAAGAUGUUAGAUUAUCCAUGUCUCCAGGAAAAGUGGAGGGUCACAGGGAGAAUCCUGAAGGAGAGUACAACAUUGAGAGAGAUGAUUUCAGUUUUGGGAACAGAGGAAUAGAGAACAACCAUGAAGGAGAAAAAGUGGGAGAUGGAAAACCAAAAACUAUGCCACCAACAAGUGUAAUGACAAGGCUGAUUUUGAUUAUGGUUUGGAGGAAACUUAUCAGAAAUCCCAACACUUAUUCAAGCUUGAUAGGCCUUACAUGGUCACUGGUUUCUUUCAGGUGGCAUGUAGAAAUGCCUGCCAUUAUAGCAAAGUCUAUUUCCAUUCUGUCAGAUGCAGGCUUAGGCAUGGCCAUGUUCAGUCUUGGUCAGUUUGUCAUGGCUUUGCAACCAAGGAUCAUAGGUGGAAAUUCCAUUGCAGCUUUUGCUCGCGUGAGAUUCCUUACAGGUCCAGCUGUCAUGGCAGCCGCUUCCAUUGCUGUUGGGUUAAAGGGCGUUCUGUUACACGUUGCCAUUGUUCAGGCAGCUCUCCCACAAGGAAUUGUCCCCUUUGUCUUUGCUAAGGAAUACAAUGUACACCCUGAUAUUCUAAGCACUGCGGUUAUAUUUGGGAUGCUAAUUGCAUUGCCCAUAACACUUGUUUACUACAUUUUCAUGGGGCUAUGAAGUGGCUAAAGUUAUCAAUUUAUCUUUGGAAUCCUUUUGGAAAGGCCAUAGGGUUAGUAGGGCACCCACAAAGGAAGUGGAAAUUGAAACGACAAAGAGGAGCAAUUUGGAAUAUUUCUCAUCAAAUGCCUUUUUUUUUUUUUUAAAUUUUAAUUUUCUUUUUCUUUUUCCCCCUUUUUGCUAGUAAAAUUGUAAAAUCAUGUUUGUAGUUGAUUUAUAAAAGGUAUUUCUCUA